AUGCCUCUCAUCAACAACAUCUUCACCUCAUUGGCCUGCCUCAUGGCAGUGACCAACGCCAUGCCUGCUAACAUUGCUGCCCGGCAACCUUCAAACGACGAAUGCCCCUCUGGGUCGGGACAGACAGUCAUCACGCCCUCGGCCAUCUACAACAUCUUCCCCAAGCACCCCGAAGUUGCCCAGCCUGCAGUUUCGGGUGUCCGCCUGGAAUCUUAUGAUGGCGCCUCCCAAGUUGAGCAGGUGGUUGUCUUUAGCGGAAUUCCCGCCGGAGCCAAGACUUGCAGCUUCGGCUGGAAGCAGGGAGAGAAGCUUGACCGAGUCUUCAUUGUUAGGGGCAGCGAUGGCGUGUCCGACGUGAGGCAGCUGUCGGGCUUCCCAGAGGGCAAGGAUGUUACCUAUAACUUCAUCAAGCCUUUUGAUGACGCUGAGAAGAACGUCGGAGGCAUUGACUUUGCCAAUUGGGACGAUCUCGACGCCGCCACCCAUGAUGCCGGCGGCGUUGACUGUGCUGAGACCCUCUACUUCAAGGUUUCCCUUAGGAAUGGAGACAGCGGCUCCAAGGUUUACCUCGGCCAAGACGAGAACAACGGUUAUGACGUUUACUACUCCUGCUAG